GCGAAAAUGUAUGUUUCUCAUGAUUUUCACAUGAGAUUCAUAGCGUUCUUCGCCACUUUUCUGAAGCAUGCUGAAGCUGCUCGUGCCCUGCUCACCGUUAUGGAUCAGGGAAGAUCUCAUGCAACUUCUAUCAAUACAUUCAUGCAUCGGCUGCAAAAGGAUAAUCACACGACUGCACUGGAAUUUGCUCAUUUUCGCCAGGACAUUGAUUUUGGAAUGGAUGAACGAUUCAUUGAUAUGAGUGGAUUUCAGAAUCCAUUCGAAUCGCCUGAUUUCGAUAAAAUUGCAUUCGAAGAGGACUACAGUUUUAUUCAUCAGGCAGUCGCCUACGGAUUCGGCUCACAAACAUGCAACAACAUCCUGAAGCACCGUCGAGAACGAUUCUUCGAGAUUCUAUACGAAGAUUGGGACAUCUACCUUUCAGAUUCUCUGUUCGCAAUCUGUGGAUAUGGUAUGGCUGAGAUAAGUGGGAAACCACAUGUUAUGAUGCAUUCCACCGAUCUUGAAGCUGCUCAGGGAUCAUUCAAGGGAUUCUCAAGAAAUUAUGCGACUUUUGUUCCAAGUAAUCUACCAUUUUCAAUGCUGAACUAUACAGUUUCCAAUUAUUAUCAUAGAGUUUGGGCGGCCUAUGAUUGGUUUGGUAGCUUCAUUUUUACUGCCUACGUUGGCAAUUUUGCUCAAAAAUGGGCGUUAAGGAGCAUAAUUCCAUUCCCGUACUUCUCAUUUGCCGAGUAUAAUCGAAGAAGUUCAUUUACUUUCACUGACAUGCCGGAUUCACUAUUUCCACCAGCGUCCCGAACCAAUGAUUUCUUCUCAUUCGGAGCAUACUGUAAAGAGUCUUCGAAACCUCUCGAUUUGGAAUUCAAAACUUUUAUCGAGCAUCCAAAGUCGAAGGGAACUAUUCUAAUAGCUUUUGGAACGUUUAUUGACUGGAGAAAAGCACCAAAAAACUAUUAUGACGCGUUUGCAACUGUAGUCAAUAGACUCUCGGAAUAUCGAAUUAUUUGGAGUAUGAAAGGCGAAAGACCCCCUGGAUUGAAGAAGCACGUGAAGACAUCUUCAUGGGUUCCACAGAAUCAGAUUUUACAUCAUAACAAGACGGUUUUAUUUUUGAGUCAUGGAGGAUUGAAAAGCACGAAAGAAGUAAUUUGCUCAGCAACUCCUACAAUUUUCGUGCCAAUGUUCGGUGAACAGACUCGGAAUGCUUGGCUCAUCAAAGAGAAAGGAUUCGCACGAAUAAUGAAUAAAUUCAAAAUCAAUGUGGACGAACUUGAUACUCAUAUGAGAGAAGUUUUAGAGCAUCCGAAUUAUCAACAAAAUGCAAACAAAUUUCUUACAUACUACAUGGAUCAACCUAUUCCAACGCUUGACGAAGGAGCUUUUAAAUUCAAUCGUCUAGUCAAAUAUGGCGGGAAAAUGCCGUCUCAUUUUUAUCCAAAAUCACUUGAUCUCUCUUAUUUUACUGUUCUCAAUGUAGAUUUGCUAAUUGUAGUUCCCAUUAUGAUGCUUUAUCUCGUUUUAAAAUAAAUAAUAUGUUCUUUU